CUGCAAUUCUCUGUCUACCUGAUUGGUUCCCUUUCGAGUAACGUCCAUUACUCUCCUAGGAAGUUUCGAGAACGGGUACAAGCAAGCAGUAAUAUUGGUGAGAGUUCUAUUCGCUUACAACAGUUCGUCAAAUACUAUUACGUGGAGUGAGACGAGGCUUCACGGCACGGAUAUUUUCCACGAGUGGCUUCCUUUCUGCUGAUACAGCAGGAAAAAUACUACUGUAAUAAUUGAACAUCAUUAGAAGAAAAUAAAUCAGUAAAAAUGGUAAAAGAAACUACAUUUUAUGAUGUAUUGGGUGUAAAACCUGGAUGUACACAAGAAGAUUUAAAGAAAGCUUAUAGAAAACUUGCACUGAAAUAUCAUCCUGAUAAAAAUCCUAAUGAAGGAGAAAAAUUUAAACAAAUUUCACAAGCAUAUGAAGUUUUGUCAAAUCCUGAAAAGAAACGAAUUUAUGAUCAAGGUGGAGAACAAGCUUUAAAAGAAGGAGGAGCAGGUGGCAAUGUAUUCUCUUCACCGCGAGACAUAUUUGAUAUGUUCUUUGGUGGAGGUUUAGGAGGAAGAAGUGGUCGCAGGAGAGAACACAGAGGACAAGAUGUUAUACAUCAGUUAUCUGUAUCGUUGGAGGAAUUGUAUAAGGGAACUGUUCGCAAAUUAGCAUUACAAAAAAAUGUUAUUUGUGAUAAAUGCGAAGGUAUCGGUGGAAAGAAAGGUUCUGUGGAACAAUGUUCAACAUGUCAUGGUUCUGGCAUGCAAGUUCAAAUACAACAAUUGGGUCCUGGAAUGUUGCAGCAUUUACAAACUAUAUGUGUAGACUGCAAAGGUCAAGGGGAUCGCAUAAAUCCACGUGAUCGUUGUAAACAAUGCGGUGGUAGAAAAACUAUUAGAGAUAGAAAAAUUUUGGAAGUUCAUGUUGAUCCAGGUAUGGUACAUAAUCAGAAGAUCGUCUUUGCUGGAGAAGGUGAUCAAGAACCAGAUUAUGAGCCAGGAGAUAUUGUUAUUCUUCUUGAAGAAAAAGAACAUGAAGUUUUCAAACGUUCGCGUCAUGAUUUAAUUAUGAGGAUGCAAUUAGAACUUGUAGAAGCUCUGUGUGGAUUUCAGAAAGUUAUUCGCACUUUAGAUGGAAGAGAUUUAGUAAUAACCUCAUAUCCUGGAACUGUUGUAAAGCACGGAGACUUAAAGUGCAUUCUAAAUGAAGGAAUGCCAAUUUAUAAAGAUCCUUUCACACAUGGCAGGCUUAUAAUUCAAUUUGUAGUGAAUUUCCCGAAAUCUAUGGACCCUUCCGUCAUUCCAACACUUGAACAAUGCCUACCACCAAGAGAAGAAGUUAUAAUUCCAGAAGGAGCGGAAGACUGUUCUCUUAUGGAUUUGGAUCCAGAACAAGAAGUAAGGCGAAGAGAACAACGAGAAGCGUAUGAGGAAGACGAAAGAGGUUCUUCAGGUGUCCAAUGUGCCACAAAUUAAUUUCAAUUACAUCAGUCUCACAAUAAAUAUGGUCAUUCUUUCAUUUUAAACUUUUGUCCCAUUCGCUUGAUUCUGAACCAUAUGUUAUUAACAGAAGAAUGAAAAAAUGCGGACAUAUAACAAAGUUUUUCAAGACAGAUGAAAAGAAUCUGAGAAAAAUGUUUAGAUAUGUGCACGACUGUGAAAGCUACGACUACAGAAUCACUAAUGAUACUAAUAUAAAGAUCAUUCAUAAAUAUUGAAUUGUAUAGGAAACCUUUAAUGCUGUUGAUGGUACAUUUAUUAUCACUUCUAAAUUAAAUUAUAAAUUCUGGUGAAAACUGGUAAACUGAUUACAAAUUAGUUCAUUGCUUGCUGUAGAGAAGUAUUUAAAAAGAUGUACUUAUCAUUAAGAAAAGUGAUAAGGAAAGCUGACUUUACUCAACAUCUAAUGCAACAUCGUGUAUCGUUAAUAGUGAACAUAAUCAACUAUAUCAUGUAACGCUGAACAUUCUGAUUAUUUUCUGCUAUUUGUGAAUUUCUUUCUAUUUAACGAUUUUCGAUACUGAUCGAUACGCGCAUACUAAAUGCUAGAAAUAAAGUUAGACAGUCAAAUUAGUACCUUACCUGUAUUCGUAUUCCCUAAAGUUCUUUAAAUUAUUAGUAUUUGAUUAUAAUACCAAGUUUCAGAAUUUAACUCGAUGUCUGUAUUAGUAACGACGAGAUUAUAAAAAUAGUACGAAAUAUAUUGGUGAAUAUUCUAUUAUAACAAAUAUAUAUGCUAUAAUUUUGGUUAUAAAAUUUCAAAAUUACUUAUUUCUUUUUUUCAAUUAUUUCAUUAUACGUAGGUAGUGUUUAAUUUGUUUAUAAUCUCAUAUUGGCAUAUAAUGAUACCAAGAAAAAUAUUUUGUUUAUUUUGAAACAUAUAAUCCAAGAAAAAAGUGUGGUAUCAGUGUGUAAAACAGGACUAUUGCGCGUAUUCAUUGUUUGUUGUAAUAAAGAAAAGAUAUUCCAGUAUUUAUAUAAUCAUAAUACUGGAAUCAAAGUAAAAUUAUUUCUAAAAAUGUAUCUAAUAAUGUAAAGAGGCUACUCUCUUAAUCAUUAUAAUGUGUUUCAUAUACUCUUUGAAGUUGAAUAGUGCGCGUGAACAAAUGUCCAAUUUAAUGAUCGCCUGCAUUAAAUUAAACACGCCUUCACAUUCACGUAAUUUACUGUAUACAAGGUCAUGUACUCGUCCGCAAAUACUAUAGCGAAUUUAAAUAGACGCGUAUUAUAAUCUUAUUUAUUAUACAUAGAUAAAUUGGUGAUUGAUUAGAACAUUUCUGAAUCGUCUCAAAUAAAUUGGAAAACGUAUAAUGUCAA